CGUAAGUGAAGUGUCGCAAAGCAGAAGGAAGGCGGGAGUCCCGACUGCAAACACUGAGAAAAGCCCCGGCUGUAGGGGCCGCUAUGGCGAGUGCGCAGUGGGCCGAGGUCCGAGAGAAAUUCCAGGCGGCGCUGGCCCUGUCGCGAGUGGAACUGCAUAAAAACCCGGAGAAGGAACCGUACAAGUCCAAAUACAGCGCCAGAGCGCUGCUGGAAGAGGUCAAGGCGCUGCUCGGCCCGGCGCCCGACGACGAGGAUGAGCGGCUGCAGGCCGACGAGGGCUUGGGCGCGGGGGACCACGCCCUGGGGCUGCCCACGGAGGUGGUGGAGGCCGAAGGGCCCGCCGCCCAGCGGGCGGUCAGGCUGGCGGUUAUAGAGUUCCACCUCGGGGUGAACCACAUCGACACCGAGGAGCUGUCGGCGGGCGAGGAGCACCUGGUGAAGUGCCUGCGGCUGCUGCGCAGGUACCGGCUCUCGCACGGCUGCAUCUCCCUCUACAUCCAGGCGCAGAAUAACCUGGGUAUCUUGUGGUCUGAAAGAGAAGAAAUUGAAACUGCUCAAGCUUACCUAGAAUCAUCAGAAGCACUAUAUAACCAGUAUAUGAAAGAGAUUGGGAGUCCUCCCCUUGAUCCUACUGAGCAUUUUCUUCCUGAAGAAGAGAAACUUACUGAGCAAGAGAGAUCAAAAAGAUUUGAGAAGGUUUACACUCAUAACCUGUAUUACCUGGCUCAAGUCUACCAGCACAUGGAAAUGUUUGAGAAGGCUGCUCACUAUUGCCACAGUACACUCAAACGCCAACUUGAAUAUAAUGCCUACCAUCCAAUGGAAUGGGCUAUUAAUGCUGCUACCUUAUCACAAUUUUACAUCAAUAAGCUGUGCUUCAUGGAGGCCAGGCACUGUUUGUCAGCUGCAAAUGUCAUUUUUGGUCAAAUUGGAAAGAUCUCAACCACCGAAGACAGUACGUUUAUGUCUCCCGAAGCUGAAGGAGAUGUGCCAGAACUUUAUCAUCAAAGAAAAGGGGAAAUAGCAAGAUGCUGGAUCAAGUACUGUUUGACUCUCAUGCAGAAUGCUCAGCUCUCCAUGCAGGACAACAUAGGAGAGCUUGAUCUUGAUAAACAGUGUGAACUCAGAGCUUUAAGGAAAAAAGAACUAGAUGAGGAAGAAAGCAUUCGGAAGAAAGCUGUGCAGUUUGGAACCGGUGAGCUGUGUGACGCCAUCUCGGCAGUGGAAGAAAAAGUGAGCUAUCUGAGACCUUUAGAUUUUGAAGAGGCCAGAGAACUUUUCUUAACAGGGCAGCAGUAUGUCUUUGAGGCAAAAGAAUUCUUUCAGAUUGAUGGUUAUGUCACUGACCAUAUUGAGGUUGUCCAAGACCACAGUGCUCUGUUUAAGGUGCUUGCAUUCUUUGAAACUGACCUAGAGAGACGGUGCAAGAUGCAUAAACGCAGAAUAGCCAUGUUAGAGCCCCUGAUUGUUGACCUGAAUCCACAGUAUUAUCUGUUGGUCAAUAGACAGAUUCAGUUUGAAAUUGCACAUGCUUACUAUGAUAUGAUGGAUUUGAAGGUUGCCAUUGCCGACAAGCUAAGAGAUCCUGACUCACACAUUGUAAAAAAAAUAAAUAAUCUUAAUAAGUCAGCCUUGAAAUACUACCAGCUCUUCUUAGACUCCCUGAGAGACCCAAAUAAAGUUUUCCCUGAGCACAUAGGGGAAGAUGUUCUCCGCCCUGCCAUGUUAGCUAAGUUUCGAGUUGCCCGUCUCUAUGGCAAAAUCAUCACUGCAGAUCCCAAGAAAGAGCUAGAAAAUUUGGCAACGUCAUUAGAACAUUACAAAUUCAUCGUUGAUUACUGUGAAAAGCACCCUGAGGCUGCCCAGGAAAUAGAAGUUGAGUUAGAACUUAGUAAAGAAAUGGUCAGCCUUCUCCCAACAAAAAUGGAGAGAUUCAGAAGCAAGAUGGCCCAGACUUAACUCUUAUUUGUAAAAAGGAAAUGUGCAAUAUUGAGGUGAUUCUUUCCCGAGUUAAACAGGCCCAGUUCCUCGUGAUAUUUCUCUGCAGAGGGAGAUGAGUUGCAGUUUGAGCUUGAGAGACAGCCGCAUCAACUGUCUGCUAGGACCUUAUCAGCAUAGAGUCAGUAAUUUGUACCUAAUUAUGUAAAUCGCCUUGUUAAAAUGACAUGUGAUUUAUCCUUUAGGUUGCUUUUUUUCCAACUUACUUAUAAACAUUUCCCACCUCCAUCUUUAAAUGUAGGUUCUUUGUUGGCUGGUACCUGAUAAACUCCUUACAGUGGAACAUGCUGGGUAGUGUACACCUGGUAGAUGAGCCUGUUACUCUAUAAAAUUGAAAAAUUAACUGCCUGUAAUUAUUCCUUCUAAAAUAUUUCUUUCCUAAAUUCUUAAAGAAACCUUUCCAUUUUGAGAAUACUAAAAGCUAAGUUAUGUUAUUUUAAAGUGUUGUAAAAUGGUUUGUCCCCAUUAUAGAAGAAAAAGACCUUAUUGGGAAUAUAAUAAAUUGA